UGGGCAUUAUUCGAUGUAAACACAAACAGCUGUUACGCUCUAUCACUGGCAUAAAAUCAAAUUUACUACAAACACAGUUAUGAAUAUUUUCCGUAGUGCAACCCUUACAUUACGAUCUGCACAAUUGCACAGAAUGUCGGCAACACCACAAACUGUACCGAUAGAGGCGGCAAUACGUGCAGCACUCUCGGAUGAAUUGCUGCCAGUUCAUUUGGAAGUAAUCAACGAAUCCUAUAUGCAUAAUGUACCAAAAGGCUCAGAGACACAUUUUAAAGUUUUGGUAGUCUCGGAGAAGUUCAAUGACUUAACCUUAAUAAAGCGCCAUCGUUUGGUAAACUCUAUAGUACAAGAGAAAUUGGCAGGUAACUUUGUACAUGCACUAUCUAUUGAGGCUAAAACUCCAAAACAAUGGGAUCCUAAUUACAUUGUUGAACCUAGUCCGAAUUGCCGUGGCGGUUUUGGCAAAUAAGUUUGAUUUACACUAUUAAACCUUCGUUUAUUCAUCAAAAAUAUACAAUAUAAAAAUUAUUAUAAC